AUGGCGACGACUAUCGACGUCGACAGCAUCAAAAAGCGAUCGUGGAGUGUGACCAGCAGCUACACCCCCAACAACAUCAUCACCUACAACAUCGCCCUGGGCGUCAAAGGCACCGACCUGUCACGAUGCUUCGAAGCACAUCCAGACUUUGCGGCCGUGCCGACGUUCGCGACCCUCCCUGUCAUCUCGGUCAUGCGUGAAGUCACGUACGGGAUGAUGGAAUUCCUGCCCAACUUCCAGGCCCACAACCACGUCCACGGCGAGCACUAUCUCGAAAUGAAGGGCACGUUUCCCAAACAGGCGACACUGAACACCACGGCCCGCGUGGUCGACAUCGUGGACCGCCGCAGCGGCGUCACCGUGGCCGUGGGCAUCACCACCGUCAACGCCGCCACGGGCGAGGAGAUCUGCUACAGCGAGUGGACGUCGUUCGUCAUGAAAGUGCCCGGGAAAGGGGCGUCGACGAAACCCAUCCCCCGCGGUGCCGCCACGGCAAUCCACCCGACGCCCACCGACCGCAAGCCGGACGCGGUGGUGGAAUACCAGACCUCGCCGGAGCAGGGCGCCCUGUACCGUGCGGCGUCGGGCGACCUAAACCCCCUCCACAUCGACCCGGCCGUGGCCAAGGCCGGUGGGUUCCCAGGUCCGAUCCUGACGGGCACUUGCACGGUGGGUAUGGGCGUGUUGCACAUCAUCGACACGUUCGCUGGCGGCGAUUUCCAGCGCUUCCAGAGCGUCAAGUUGCGGUUGAGCAAGCCCGUGUAUCCCGGCGAGGUAGUGCGCACGGAGAUGUGGCGCGAGGACGGGGGCCGGAAGAUCGUCUAUCGACAGCUGGCAGGCGAUCGUGUGGUCAUCUCGCAGGCGGCGGUUGAAUUGAGGGAUGCAUCUGGGUCGCUGAAGGCGAGGUUGUCGUAG